AUGGUUAAUUUGUCUUCUCAAAUCCUUUUCUCCAUUUUCCUCUUCCAAUUUCUCCGCCCUAUUUCUUCAUUCACCUUCCCAAAACAACCCAAUUUCGAUCCCCAAAUUUCCCUCAUCGGCGACGCCGCUUUCGUCGAUAGCGACGGUGACGCUCAAGGCGGCGCUUCCUUCGUCAAAUUGACCCGCCCCGUCGCUUCCAGCUUCGGCCUUCUCUUGUUCAAUAAACCCCUAAAGAUUCACGAUUCGACGUCGUUUAAUACCCAAUUCACUUUCUCUGUCUCCCCGGACAACGGCGAUGGCCUCGUUCUUUUACUCGUCCCCGAAGGGGUUUUCCCUGGCGAGGUUUCACCGGACAGAUGGGUCCACAGUAUCGAGUUUAUUUCUGCAAAUUUGAGUGGUGGGUAUGUGAAAUCGGAGAAGGGGAUUCUUCUGCCUGACAAUGGGGGAAAAUUUACAUCGUGGGUCGAUUACGAUUCGAAAAUAAUGGAAAUCAGGCUGAGUAAAUUUGGGGAAUCUAGGCCUUAUGAUCCUUCAUUAGUAUACCCAAUUGAUUUGUCGAUUAAAUGCGGUGGGAGGGAAGUGUUUGUGGGAUUAAGCUCGUGGAAUAGCAAAUCAAGUGAGUGGAGCAGAGUGUUUUCAUGGCGGUUUGGCCUUAGAAAUGUGGCUAAAUGGAUGCAUUCUUUGCCGGUGGAUCCACGGCAGCGUUCUGAUGAACAGAAUCAUUCUCACCCUCUUACCAUUUUUGCUUGGCUGAUCUUUGGAACUGGGUGCGGUGGGUUAAUAGCGUUUUUGGUACUGUUCAUGUGGGCAAUUGCAGGGAAUAGAAAUGCCAUUUUUGAAGCUGAGCCUCAAUCUGUCGAUUUUCAAUAUGAAAAGGUUAGUGUAGUUGUAGAGGAAGGAUUCAAAGAUGUUGAAGGUAGAAGAUGA